AUGACUUUGUUUUCAUCCAUAGAUGUAGAACACAUGACCAUUGAUUGGCUCACUGGAAACUUCUACUUUGUGGACCAUGUAAGCGACAAGAUAUUUGUUUGCAGCCAUGUUGGGGACACCUGCAUCACCAUUAUAGAUUUAGAUCUGACCAAUCCUAAAGGAAUCGCUGUGGAUCCUCUUAUGGGGAUGCUGUUCUUCACUGACUACGGAGACGUAGCCAAGGUGGAGCGCUGUAACAUGGACGGCACCAACCGAACCAGGCUGGUGGAUUACAAGACAGUGCAACCCACAGCCGUGGCCCUGGACCUGGCCAAGAAGCUGGUGUACUGGGCAGACGCCUACUUGGAUUACAUUGAAGUGGUGGAUUACAACGGGAAAAACAGGCAUGCAGUCAUCCAGGGCAGUCAAGUGUCCUACAUCCAUGGAUUAGCUGUCUUUGAGAACUACCUGUAUGCCACUCAUUCUGACCCCUCCAAUGGGAAUAUCAUGGAAAUCUUCAAGAUUCAUCGGUUUAACACCACAGAACCCAGGACACUUACCAGCCUAGGGAGUUCCAGAGGAGCAAUACGGGUUUACCACAGACUCACUCAGCCAAAAGUUAGGAGUCACGCGUGUGAGACGGACCCGUAUGGAAAGCAAGGGGGAUGCUCCCACAUCUGUCUGCUGAGCGGUAGCUACAAGUCCAGGACCUGUCGAUGUCGGACAGGCUUCAGUCUGGAGAGUGACGGACAGUCCUGCAAAAAACCCAAGAACGACCUGUUCCUGUUCUAUGGUAAGGGUCGGCCAGGGGUCAUCCGAGGCCUGGACAUGAACGUGAAGUCCAGUGAUGAGCACAUGGUAUCGAUCGAGGACCUGGUCAACCCCAGAGCCAUCGACUACCAUGCAGAGUCAGGACACAUCUACUUCGCUGACACCACCAGCUUCCUCAUUGGCCGGCAGAAAAUAGACGGGAACAGCCGGGAAACGAUACUCAAAGAUGACCUGGACAACGUUGAGGGGAUCUCUGUGGACUGGAUUGGUAAUAACCUCUACUGGACCAAUGAUGGGUACAGGAAAACUAUUAGUGUGGCCAGACUGGAGAGGGCCUCUCAAACCAGGAAGACUCUUCUGGAGGGGGACAUGUCUCACCCCCGAGCCAUUGUAUUGGACCCCCUCAACAGUUGGAUGUAUUGGACGGACUGGGAGGAGGAUGAGGUGAACGACAGCAUAGGAAGGAUAGAAAAAGCGUGGAUGGAUGGAUCUAACAGACAAAUAUUUGUCACGUCUAAUAUGCUGUGGCCUAACGGCCUUACCCUAGACCAUGGGACCAGCACCAUGUACUGGUGUGAUGCCAACUACGAUCACAUAGAGAAGAUCUACCUCAACGGCACUGGCAGACAGGUUGUGUACAAUGGCAAACAGCUGAACCAUCCGUUUGGGAUUUCUCACUACCGUAACUCCAUCUUCUGGACGGAGUACAUGAACGCUUCGGUUUUCCAGCUGGAUCUAACCUCUGGGGACGUUACUCUACUGAGGAGUGAGAGGCCUCCCCUGUUUGGCCUGCAUGUGUACAAUGCUCAGAGUCAGCAAGGUGACAAUGCAUGCAGUGUGAAUUAUGGGGGAUGCGGUACACUCUGCCUCGCUAUCCCAGGGGGCAGAGUGUGUGCCUGUGCUGACAACCAGCUCCUGGAGAAGAACAAUGUCACCUGCUCAGUGUCGUCUGGGGUGGUGGAGCCACAGCACUGUAAGAGCGAUGAGUUUCAGUGUAGUAACCACCAUUGUAUCCGUGCGUCUUGGAGAUGUGACGGGGACGAUGACUGUCUGGAUGGGAGUGACGAGGAGAUCCAAAGCUGCUUGAACCACAGUUGUUCCAAUGACCAGUUCAAGUGCCUCAACAAUCACUGCAUCCCUAAGAGAUGGCUGUGUGAUGGAAUCAAUGACUGUGGGAACAAUGAGGAUGAGUCCAACAACACAUGUUCAGCCCAGGCCUGUCAGCCCAACCAGUUCUCUUGUCGGAACGGACGCUGUAUCUCCCUGGAUUGGCGCUGCGACCGGGACGACGACUGCGGGGACAUGUCCGACGAGACAUCAUCCUGUGCAUUGCCGACCUGUGAACCACUCACCCAGUUCAGCUGUUCCAAUGGGAGAUGCAUCAGUGUCAAGUGGCAUUGUGACUCAGAUGAUGACUGUGGAGAUGGUAGUGACGAGGUGAGUUGUGUCCACUACUGCUCCAACACCCAGUUCCAGUGCUCCAGUGGGAGAUGUAUUCCAGACCACUGGGCCUGCGAUGGGGACGACGACUGUGGGGACUUCAGUGAUGAGAACACCACCUGUGGAGGGUCUGGAGCUGCAUUGCCUCCUGUGAUAGAGUGCAGUGGGGAUGAGUUCCACUGUACGGAAGAUGGUACGUGUAUCCCAGAGCGCUGGAGGUGUGAUGGGGACAAAGACUGCGAGGACGGUAGUGAUGAGGUGGCCUGUGAGGGCACCAAGAGGAUUUGUGACCCCAAGGCCAAGUUCACAUGCAAAGACACAGGAAAGUGUAUCACCAAGAGCUGGGUUUGUGAUGGAGAUAUCGACUGUGAGGAUCUUUCCGAUGAGGAUUCCUGUGAGGCAGCUGUCUGUAAGCCUCCAAAAUACCCCUGUGCCAAUGACACCUCCAUUUGCCUGCCACCAGAGAAGAUCUGCAACGGCAAGACCGACUGUGCUGACCAGUCUGACGAAAGGCCUUUCUGUGAUAAGUGUUUGGUGGCCAAGGUUGGCUGCAGCCAUCAGUGCACGGUGGUACCAGGGACGGGGGUGGUCUGCUCCUGCCCUCCAGGGCUCCACCUGGACUCUAACAACAGGACGUGUGAGGCGGUGGACUACUGCAGUAGGCAUCUGAAGUGCAGCCAGGUGUGUGAGCAGUACAAGACCACCGUCAAGUGUUCCUGCUACCCAGGCUGGAGGCUUGGCCCUGAUGGAGACAGCUGCCACAGCACAGAUCCCUUUGAGGCUUUCAUCAUCUUCUCUAUCCGGCAUGAGAUAAGACGGAUAGAUCUUCAUAAGCGAGACUACAGCCUGAUGGUGCCAGGGCUCCGGAACACAAUUGCGCUUGACUUCCACUUUAAUCACAGCCUGCUCUACUGGACAGAUGUGGUGGAGGAUAAGAUCUACAGAGGACGCCUCUCAGACUCUGGAGGUGUGACAGGGAUCGAGGUGGUUGUGCAGCAUGGGCUGGCCACUCCAGAGGGGCUGGCGGUGGAUUGGAUAGCAGGGAACCUGUACUGGAUCGACAGUAACCUGGACCAGAUUGAGGUGGCCAGGCUGAAUGGCGAUAUGAGGACCACACUGAUAGCUGGAUGGAUGGAGCAUCCACGGGCCAUCGCUCUGGACCCAGGACAAGGAAUCCUGUUCUGGACAGACUGGGACGCUACCUUCCCCCGUAUCGAGGCUGCUUCUAUGAGCGGAGAAGGACGACACAUUGUGUUCAAGGACAUGGAGAUAGGAGCCUGGCCCAACGGACUAACUCUGGAUCAUUUGGAGAAGAGAAUUGUCUGGACUGACGCUCGCUCUGAUGCCAUCUACUCAGCGCUGUACGACGGCAGUGGGGUCAUAGAGAUCCUGAGGGGACAUGAGUAUCUGUCACACCCCUUUGCUGUGUCCCUGUUCGGGGGCAGUGUCUACUGGACAGACUGGAGGACUAACAGCCUGGCCAGGGCCAACAAGUGGACGGGCCGUAAUGUCACAGUGAUCCAGAAGACCAGCGCUCAGCCCUUUGACCUACAGAUUUUCCACCCUAGCAGACAGCCACAAGCGUCUAACCCUUGUGAAGAGAAUAAUGGGCGUGGCCCAUGCUCACACCUGUGUCUUAUCAAUUACAACCGUACUGCAUCCUGCACCUGUCCACACCUCAUGAAACUGUCCCUCAACAAACAAUCUUGCGCCUUGUUGAAAAGGUUCCUCCUGUACGUCAGGCGGUCAGAGAUCCGUGGUGUGAAUAUUGACAACCCUUACAUGAACGUCAUGACGGCACUGACUGUCCCAGACAUUGAUGAUGUCACCGUUGUGGAUUACGACACCCAGGAGGACCGGAUCUACUGGGCAGAUGUAAAAACACAGACCAUCAAACGGGCCUUCAUCAACGGCACCCGCCUGGAGACUGUCAUCUCUGGAGAUAUACUAAACUGCCGUGGGCUGGCGUUAGACUGGCUCUCUAGGAAUUUAUACUGGCUCAGCUCAGAGAAUGACGAGUCUCAAAUCAAUGCCGCUCGCCUGGAUGGUUCCCUGAAGACCUCAGUCAUUCAUGGGAUUGAUAAACCAAGGUGCCUUGUUGUGCACCCCACAAAGGGGAAAAUCUACUGGACAGAUGGCAACACGAUAAACAUAGCCAACAUGGAUGGGAGCAACAGCAAGGUCCUUCACCAGAACCAAAGGGAACCAGUCGGUCUCUCCAUAGAUUAUACAGCCAACAAGCUGUACUGGAUCAGCUCUGGUAAUGGCACUAUCAACAGGUGCAAUGUGGACGGUAGUGGUCUGGAGGUGCUGGAGAGCAUGAAGAGGGAGCUAACCAAAGCCUCAGCAUUGGCCGUUAUGGGUAACAAAUUGUGGUGGGCAGAUGAUGAUUCAGCUCAACUGGGGACUGUGAACAAAAGAGACGGACGGACUCCUGUGGUCCUGAGGAAUAAGACCAGCGGAGUGGUGUACAUGAAGGUCUAUGACAGGGAGGGACAGAGAGGAAGGAACCCGUGUCAGGUGAACAAUGGAGGCUGCUCUCAGCUCUGCUUCCCCACAUCAGAGAACACCCGUAGCUGCUCCUGUACUGUGGGCUACAACCUGCGCACCGACCGAAUGUCCUGUGAGGGCAUUGAGUCAUUGCUGAUGUACUCCAUCCAUGAGGGGAUCAGAGGGAUUGCCUUGGACCUCAAUGACAACAUGGAGGCUAUGAUGCCCAUCACUGGGACCCUGUUCGCUGUGGGGGUGGACUUCCAUGCAGGUAAUGACACAGUCUACUGGACAGACAUGGGCCUGAACACAAUCUCCAGAGCCAAGAGGGAUCAGACCUGGAGGGAGGACAUCAUUACUACGGGAAUCAGCAGGGUAGAGGGCAUCGCAGUGGACUGGAUUGCUGGUAACCUUUACUGGACAGACCAUGGUUUCAACCUCAUAGAGGUUGCUCGUCUUAGUGGUACCUACCGUUGUGUAGUCAUCUCAGAGGGACUCGACCAACCUAGAGCCAUCGCUGUUCAUCCACAGAAAGGGUAUCUGUUCUGGACAGAGUGGGGCCAGAGCCCCUGCAUAGGGAGAGCCCGUCUAGAUGGGUCUGAUCAGGUCACCCUGGUCAACACUGGCAUUGCCUGGCCCAACGGGAUCUCCAUAGACUAUGAGGAAAAUAGAUUAUACUGGUGUGAUGCCCGCACUGACAAGAUAGAGAGGAUCAACCUUGAGACGGGUGAGAGCAGGGAGAUUGUACUGUCAGUGGCCAACGUAGACCUGUUCUCCGUGGCAGUGUUUGGAGCUUACAUCUACUGGUCUGACAGAGCUCACUCCAAUGGUUCCAUCCGACGAGGCUUCAAGAGUGACGGCAGCGAGGCAGUGACCAUGAGGAGUGGUCUGGGGGUCAACCUGAAGGAUGUGACAGUAUUUAAUAGAGGGCGGGAGAAAGGUACCAACCCAUGUGCCAGGAGCAAUGGGGGCUGUCAGCAGCUCUGCUUCCACCUGGGCAGUGGGCGUAGGACAUGUUCCUGUGCCCAUGGCCACCUGGCUGAGGACGGCUUUGCCUGCGAGCGAUACGAAGGCUAUCUGCUUUACUCUGAGAGGACCAUACUGAAGAGCGUCCACCUCUCAGACGAGAGCGACCUCAACUCGCCCGUCCAGCCCUUCGAGAGGCCCACCUACUUCAAAAACAUCAUAGCACUGACCUUUGAUUACCGCCAGAAAACCGCAGGAGGGACCAAUCGCAUCUUCUUCAGCGACAUCCAUUUUGGGAAUAUCCAGAUGAUUAAUGACGACUGGACAGGACGAUCAAUCAUAGCCAAAAAUGUGGGUUCAGUGGAGGGGUUGGCGUACCACCGUGCCUGGGACACUCUGUACUGGACCAGCUCUACCACCUCCAGCAUCACCAGGCACAGUGUGGACCAGAGCCGGCCCGGGACCUUCAGCAGACAGGCUGUGGUCACACUCUCUGAAGACGACCAUCCCCAUGUCCUCGCCCUUGACGAGUGCCAAAACCUGAUGUUCUGGACUAACUGGAACGAGCAGCGUCCCAGUAUUAUGAGGGCCACCUUGGCAGGAAACAACAUGAAGGUGAUCGUCAGCACUGACAUCCUCACGCCUAACGGACUCACCAUCGACCACAAGGCUGAGAAGAUCUACUUCUCUGAUGGAAGUCUGGGGAAGAUAGAGAGGUGUGAUUACGAUGGCUUACACAGAUAUGCCAUCGUGAAGUCAGGGCCAGGAACUUUUUUUGGUCUGGCUAUUUAUGGGGACUUCCUCUUCUGGUCGGACUGGGCUCGCAGGGCCGUGCUACGAUCCAACAAGUACACAGGUGGAGAGACCAAGGUUCUGCGAGCAGAUAUCCCCCACCAGCCCAUGGGAAUCAUCGCUGUCACAAAUGACUCCAACAGCUGUGAGAUGUCCCCAUGCAGACUCAAUAACAGUGGCUGUGGUGACUUGUGUCUGUUGACCCCAGAUGGAAGAGUCAACUGUAGUUGUCGGGGAGCACGUGUGUUAUUAGAUGACAACAGAUGCAUUUCAGGGAAUUCCUCCUGCAACAUCCACAAGGAGUUUGAAUGUGGGAACGGCGAAUGCAUCAACUAUCAGUUCACAUGUGAUGGAAUAGCGCAUUGCAAAGACAAAUCAGAUGAGAAAAUGCAAUAUUGUGAUAACAGGGACUGUAGGAGAGGCUUCAGGGCGUGUGACAACCAACGCUGUGUGGCCAACAGUCAUUUCUGCGAUGGGGUGGAUGACUGUGGGGACAACUCAGACGAGGCCUUCUGUAACAAUGUCACGUGUGCAUCUUUUGAAUCCUCAUGCCAGGAUGGGAGCUGUAUCCCUGGCUCAGCCUGGUGUAACCAGGUCAUUGACUGUGCUGAUGCCUCAGAUGAAAAGAACUGCAACAACACAGACUGCUCUGAAUUCUACAAACUGGGGGUGAAAGAGAAAGGCUUCAUCAGCUGUAAUACCACCUCCCUUUGUAUCCACCCCUCCUGGAUCUGUGAUGGAGCCAACGACUGUGGUGAUUAUGCAGAUGAGACCAACUGCCAGGGUGAGUCUCUUAAGUGUGAAGAGGGCCACUUCGCCUGCCCCAGCGGUAACUGCAUCUCCAGUGUGUGGCUGUGUGAUGGACAGAAGGACUGUGAGGAUGGGGCAGAUGAGUUUCAGUGUGACUCCUCUUGCCUGUGGAACCAGUUUGCCUGUUCUAAGAACAAGUGCAUCGCCAAGCAGUGGCUGUGUGAUGGAGAGAACGACUGUGAGGACGGACUGGAUGAGAGUGUGCAGAUAUGUGGUUUGGUAACGUGUGCUCCAGGGUUAUUCAGCUGCCCUGGGUCCUACGCCUGUGUCCCUAAACGCUGGCUCUGCGAUGGGGAGAGAGACUGUCCUGAUGGCAGCGACGAACUGUCUGCAGCUGGAUGUGCACCCAACAACACAUGUGAUGACAACUCCUUCCUUUGCCACAACGAAGCCUGCGUUCCCCAGCGUUUUGUCUGUGACCAUGAUGACGACUGUGGUGAUGGAUCUGACGAGUCACUUGAAUGUGUGUACCGGCCCUGUGGACCUGAGGAGUUUCGCUGUGGGGAUGGUCGCUGCCUGCUCAGUGCUCAAUGGGAAUGUGACGGCUGCCCAGACUGUCCUGACCAAUCUGACGAGCUGCCCCUGAACCUCAAAUGCCUGGCCGCAGGGAGUCUGUGCAAUGGUUCCUUCUUCAUGUGUUCCAAUGGACGCUGCAUCUCUGAAGGGAUUCUGUGUGACAAGAAAGAUGACUGUGGAGACCGGUCCGAUGAGAAGAACUGCAACGUGAACGAGUGUCUGAAUCGCAGAGUCAGUGGCUGUACACAGGACUGUCAGGAUCUUCCUGUUGGAUACAAGUGCAAGUGUUGGCCUGGAUUCCGGCUGAAAGAUGAUGGGAAAACGUGCGUGGACGUUAACGAAUGUUCCUCCAGCCUGCCCUGCAGCCAGCGUUGCAUCAACACCUACGGCUCCUUCAAGUGUCUGUGUGUAGAAGGCUACGAAGCCCUGGAGAGAAACCCCAACACCUGCAAGGCUCUCUCAGUGGAGGAACCUUUUCUCGUACUGGCAGAUCAUCAUGAAAUCCGGAAACUAAGUGUGGAUGGAUCAAAUUACACCAUUUUGAAACAGGGCCUGAACAACAUCAUUCACAUAGACUUUGACUACAGGAAAGAGUUCAUCUACUGGAUAGACUCUUCCAGACCCAGCGGACGGAAGAUCAACAGAAUGAGACUCAAUGGGAGUGACCUUAAGAUAGUCCAUCGGACUGCAGUCCCCAGUGCACUGGCCCUGGAUUGGAUAGGGAAAAACCUGUACUGGUGUGACAUCGAGAGGAAGAGCCUGGAGGUGUCUAAAGCUAAUGGCCUGUACCCCUCUGUCCUGGUCAGCACUGGUAUCAGGAACCCUACUGACCUGGCCCUGGAUCCACAGUCAGGGUAUGCAUUCUGGGUGGACUGCUGUGAAUCCCCUCACAUCAGUCGUGUGGGUAUGGAUGGUCGAGGGCAUGCUGUUAUCAUCGACAAAGAGAUCUACAGCCCCACUGCCCUCACUAUAGAUUACACUAACAAGAGGCUGUACUGGGCAGAUGACAACCACAUUCUGUUCGCCAACAUAGACGGCUCACAGAGACACAAAGUGUCCUAUGAUCACAUUCAGGGGGUGAUGGGUCUGACACUGUUUGAGGACUUUGUCUACUGGACAGAUGGGAAAUCCAAGUCACUCCGACGAGCACAUAAAACUACUGGGGCCCAAGGAAUUGAGCUGCUCAACUCCUGGCAAGCUAUCAAAUCUGUCAAGGUUUACCAUUCACUACGCCAACCUGAAGUGCCCAAGCACCAGUGUCAGGUGACCAAUGGAGGAUGUAGCCACUUGUGUCUCCUUUCUCCUGGCGGGGAACACAAGUGUGCUUGUCCAACUAAUUUCUACCUUGCUGCUGACAACAAGACCUGCCUCUCCAACUGCACUGCAAGUCAGUUCCGCUGUGGAACCGACGAGUGUAUUCCUUUCUGGUGGAAGUGUGAUACUGUGGAUGACUGUGGCGAUGGAUCAGAUGAGCCUGCUGACUGUCCUGAAUUCAAAUGUCAGCCUGGGAGGUUCCAGUGUGGCACUGGCCUCUGUGCUCUUCCUCCCUUCAUCUGUGAUGGAGAGAACGACUGUGGAGACAACUCAGAUGAGGCCAACUGUGAGACGUACAUCUGUCUGUCAGGGCAGUUCAAAUGCACCCGGAAACAGAAGUGUAUCCCUCUAAACCUCCGCUGUAACGGACAGGACGACUGUGGAGACGGAGAGGAUGAGACAGAAUGUCCGGAGAGUACAUGUUCCCCGGAACAGUUCCAGUGCAAGGCCUCCAUGCACUGCAUCUCCAAGCUGUGGGUGUGUGAUGAGGACCCGGACUGCACAGACGGGUCAGAUGAAGCUAAUUGUGAUGAAAAGACCUGCGGACCUCAUGAAUUCCGCUGUGAGAAUAACAACUGUAUCCCGGACCACUGGAGGUGUGACAGCCAGAACGACUGUGGAGACAACUCAGAUGAGCAUAACUGCAAGCCAGUGACCUGUAACCACAAGGACUUUGCCUGUGCUAACGGGGACUGCAUCUCCGCUCGAUUCCGCUGCGAUGGAGACUAUGAUUGCCCUGAUAAUUCAGACGAGAAGGACUGUGAGGCUCGGUGUGCUGAGGACCAGUUUCAGUGUCUCAAUAACCUCUGCAUCUCCCUCAAGUGGCUCUGUGACGGCCAAGAGGAUUGCAAGACAGGAGAGGACGAGAGGAACUGCCAGGGGACAGUGCUCCCCUCUUGCUCCCUAAAUGAGUAUGUGUGUGCCAGUGGAGGCUGUGUCUCGGCCAGUCUGAGAUGUGAUGGACAGGACAACUGUCUAGACGGAUCAGAUGAGGCGGGCUGCGUGAAGGAGUGCAAGGAAGAUGAGUACUUGUGUCUGAAUCACGCCCACUGUAUCCCACGGAGAUGGUGCUGUGACGACGUGUUUGACUGUGUGGACCAUAGUGACGAGGAGAACUGCAGUCAAGGCAUCUUCUUCUGCCGUCCUGAUGAGUUCAUUUGCAACAACACCUUAUGCAAGCUCCAUGCGUGGGUGUGUGAUGGCAAGGACGACUGUGGAGACAACUCAGACGAGGACACAGAGAUGUGUGCCAAACUUUCCUGUCCCCCCACACGGCCACACCGAUGCAGAAAUGACCGUGUGUGUCUGCGCCCUGACCAACUGUGUAACAAGGUUGACGACUGUGGGGAUAACUCGGAUGAGGAGGAAUGUGCAGAGGUGGUGUCUGGCAGACCCAGACGGUGUGGGAAGGCAGAGUUCACCUGCAGUACCCAGCGAUGCAUCCCAGCCCAGCUGCAGUGUGACCUCUUCAUUGACUGUGGGGACGGGGGAUCGGAUGAGCAGGACUGCAAGGCCUCUUCCAAUGGAGACAUAUGUGGAAAGAAAACAAACCCAUGUGGGGAGGAUGCAAUUUGCAAUCAGACAAACACAAAUGCAAUAUGUCAGUGCAAAUCUGGCUUCAGGAGGAAUCUGAAGACUGCCCAGUGUGAAGAAAUCAAUGAGUGUCUUGAGUUUGACACAUGUGCUCACUAUUGUACAAACACUAAAGGAUCCUACAAGUGUACUUGUGACAAGAAUUUCAAGGAAAUCAAUAGAAACUGUAUAGUAAAAGGACCAGAAGAUCGAGUGCUCUACAUAGCUAAUGACACUGAAAUCCGAAGUUUUGUGUAUCCGUUUAACCAGAGCCAUGGACACAAACUCCUCACUCGCAUCGAGGACAAUGCCCGCAUUAUUGGGAUGGAUGCUCUGUUACACCAACAAAAGGUUAUCUGGGCUACCCAGUUUAACCCCGGUGGACUUUUUUACAAAGAAAUCCUAGACAAGAGUCAAACUAAAACUAAUGUCGGAAACAUAUGUUCAGACUUCCGUAGACCGAGGGAUGUGUCUGCUGACUGGAUUACAGGAAAUAUCUAUUGGACAGACCAUUCUCGAAUGCACUGGUUCAGCUAUUACACAGCUCACUGGACUAAGCUCAGAUACUCUAUAAACGUGGGCCAGCUCAGAGGGCCAAAUUGCACCCGUCUGAUAACUGACAUUGCAGGAGAGCCGUACGCCAUCGCUGUCAACCCACCGCAAGGGAUGAUGUAUUGGACAGUAAUAGGUGAUCAUUCUCAUAUUGAGGAGUCGGCUAUGGAUGGGACUAUGCGUAGGAUAUUUUUGGAGAAGAACCUCAGGAGACCAACAGGUCUGGCCAUCGAUUACUUCAACCAACGUUUGUACUGGGCUGAUCCUGAGCUCUCCGAGAUAGGCAGUGUGAGAUUGGAUGGGUCGGACCCUCUGGUUGCAAUCAGGGACAGACACGGAAUAUCCCAGCCGUACAGGAUUGACAUAUUUGAAGACUACAUCUACGGGACUGGUCUAAAACAUGAAGUCUUCAGAGUUCACAAGUAUGGCAAACAGCCUGUGGAGUUUCUCCACUUGGGUCUCGAGAAAACGACCAAUGUCCUGAUCUCCCACCGAUAUAAGCAGCAAGAUGCGGUCAACCCGUGCCUGAAAAUGAACUGUGACUUCAUGUGUCUACUGAACCCAACGGGCGCCACCUGCACCUGUCCAGAAGGGAAGGUACUGGUCAACGGCUCUUGCAAUGAUGUCAAUGUCUCAGGCGAGCUGUGUCGGCCACCGUGUGAGAACGGCGGGCGCUGCCUUGCCAAUGAGAAAGGGGACUGGCGCUGCUACUGCUGGCCUGACUUUUCUGGAGAACACUGUGAGGUCAAUCACUGCACUGACUACUGCCUCAAUGGAGGCACUUGCAUGGGCUCACCGCUGGGCAAGCCAACGUGUCGGUGCCCUGUAGGGUUUACAGGUCCAUUCUGUGAGAAGCGGGUGUGUGAUAACCACUGUCUGAAUGGUGGUACCUGUGAUGUCAGCCUAGGGAACCAGCCGGUGUGCCGCUGCAUGGCAGAGUAUACUGGAGACCGCUGUCUUUACCACAUCUGCCACCACUACUGUGUAAACUCCAAGGCCUGUACAUUGUCCAGUAGUGGCCAUGUAGAGUGUGUGUGUCCGGUCAGAUACGAGGGAAACAAAUGUGAGGUGGAUAAGUGCCUGAGGUGCCAUGGAGCACCUUGCCUCGUCAACGAUGAUACAGCAGAUGUGGUCUGCAACUGUACUAAUGGCAGGAUAGCACCCAGCUGUAAACUAUGUGAUGGCUACUGUUACAACGGAGGUACCUGCCACCUGGACCCUGACACCAACCUGCCCUUCUGUCACUGCACGACAGGGUUCAAGAACCAACGUUGUGAUGAGCUGGCCAACCCAUGUGAUUACUUCUGUCAGAAUGACGGGAUGUGCACUAUCACUGCCCUUAACAAACCCCGCUGCAAGUGUUCAGUCAAUUGGGCAGGCACACAGUGUGAAAGGCCCGCCCCCAAGAGCAGCAGAUCAGACAACACCAGUGGAGGGAGCAUAGCCAUCAUCGUACCUCUGGUCCUGCUGGUGAUCUUGAUCACAACGGUGGUGGCGGGCAUUUUCAUCUGCAAAAGAAGGCAGAGGGGGAAGAGGGUGACGAGGCAGCCCAUGACGAAUGGAGGGAUCAACGUGGAGAUAGGAAAUCCUACCUACAACAUGUAUGAGGUCGACCACGACAACCAUGCAGAUGCUGGCAGCCUUUUGCGACCAAACUUUACACUGGACCCUCAUAAGGGCUGGUGUGUGAAGUCCAGUGACCCUCGCACCCUGGGCAUACAUACUGUUCCCAAGGAGGUGAUACCUGGACAGCCCUUGAACUAUUCCAACCCAGUGUAUGCAAAGAUCUACCUUGACGGACAGAACUGUCGUAAACCAGUCAUCAACAUAGACGAAAGGAGAGGGCUACUCCCAAAGAAACUAGAGGGGACAAUUCGCGAAACCGCCGCAUAGCCUGACUACACUUUCUACUCCUUUUAUACGACAGUGUACAAAUGUAUAAAAACAAGGAAAAUAAGAAUUUUCUAUUUCCUAUCAGGCUCCUGUCCUCUCGGUUAGGUUUGUUGGUUUUUAGCAUCAGCAUUACCUCUUCAGUUGUGUGCUGAAUGAUUUAAACAUUUUAGUUUCUGUUGUUUGCUUUCUGUUUGUCGAACAUUCGUUAUACAGCACUAUUUAGUAUAUACUGAAUGACACUGAAGUAAAGCUGCUGAUUUGCAAAAUAACUUAACACCGGAACUCUUCUGUUGUAAACAAAUGUCAAGAUUGAUACAGUACUUAUUUCUGAACCUGUAUAUGUCUGUCUCUUGUUAGGCCGAGAUUUAAUCAGAUAAAGCGUUAACCGGCAAUAGCCCACACCCACUUAGCUGAUGUUUUGUUGGUGUCAGAGGUGGAACUGUGUUGAAUCUGAAAUCAGUGAGCAGCUUCUCUUGUGAUCAUUGUCACAAAGCCAAAUUCAUCCCAUUCGUUCAGAACGGGAAAGUGUAGGCUAUAUAAAAAUAAUGACCUUCAAAUGAAUCAUCAUUAAACAAAAUAAUGAAGGUAGUCCAUCAGCCUCACAUUCCAGUGUUUGAACUUGUAAACAAGGUUGCAUGGGAUUUCUCUUCAUUUGACUCUGUGCAGCCAAUGGCAAUGUCCGCUUUGGUGUCGAUUGUGGAUUUUACAGUGCUCACGCAGAUUUACCUCAGACACUGUCAAAAUAUCAGCUAUGCAGAUGUUGGCUAAAACAGAUCUAAUUUAAUUGGGGCCUCAGUGGAACCAACAACUUGUUAUUUUGGUGCAGUAUACAGAUCUAAAGCAGGUCUAUAUAUAUUUUUCUCAAUAAAUUAUAUAUCAUCUUAUAAAAACAAGAACAGUUUGAGAUUGGUCAAAGUUUUAUGUGCCAUGGUUUCCAUUGUCAUUGAUUUCCCCAGAACAAGAACUGUUAAUCUUCACAACAACAUGUUAUAAUUUCAUGGCUUCAUACCUGAACAAUGAAGCUUGUUUUCUGUCCUUGUGUUUGUAUCGUUUGAUUCAGCCAAGAUGGAUACAAUCCAGAAGUGACCAAGGUUAGUUUUAAGAGGAUUAUUUUCCGUUAACCAUCUAAUUCAGUUCUUUACGGUAUUAUAUCAUGUUCAUGUAAUAAUUCCAAACAUAUAUAUUUGCUCUGCUACAAAUAGAAGAUAUUUUACUGAGGUGACUGAAAUGUAUAUUCCAUCUAAGAUGUUCUGUUUGGAUCACAGAAAUGAUUGAAACUCAACAUGAAUGUUAUGAGAAGAGAAUCACAGACAUCCGUAUUUUUGUAGGUCUCUUGUUCCAACAACAUAUCUGUAUCAACUUUACAGCAUAAGGAUGCGAACACGGAAAAUAAUUUAACACGACUCUAUGGCUACAAAGUUACUUUAGGUAAUUAUAAAGAUAAUUUCUGUCACUUUCAGAAAAGGACAGACGAUAGAUAUAACACAUUUUAUAAUUUUGUAUUUGAUUUGUAUGUUGUUUGGCUGCUUGUAUUUUGAAGAAAUGUAUUAAAUGUAAGUACUUUUAUAUCAAAUGUAAAUCAAUAUAAAAUAAAGGGGGCAAAUUUCCAUUUCAAAAUAAUUCUUUGAGUUUCUGAAAUCUCAGCUUGGUAAUGGCGCUAA